UGUCAUUGUAGUUGUGAUGAUUGAUAAUGUGGUGUUAUAAAAUGAACGCAUCUCUGUUAUUGAAUCACUGCCAGUGUUGAGCUAGGAGGUGUAAUGAUAGUGCUGUUAUUCUUGAGAAGUUAAAAUAAUUUUGUUGUGUAUUUAGUACGGAAUAUUUAACUCAUCGGUCUCUGUAAGCCACAAAAUGUCAGAGGAAGGAGUCCCGGUGUUACUGUACAUCUACGAUCUCAGUAAAGGACUUGCCGACCAGAUCUCUACUUAUAUAUUGGGAACUCACAUUGAAGGGGUGUGGCACACUUCCAUUGUAGUAUUUGGUCAAGAAUAUUUCUUCAGUCAAGAAGGCAUCAACGAGUACCCCCUGGAUCAGAGCACACCACCCAAAUAUCUGUAUGUCCUGCAGGGGGUGUUCCAGUCAAAGACAGUGUUGGGAGAGCCCCAGAAGAAGCUCACCCUCGGCCACACCCAGGUGCCGCAGAGUGUCUUCCAGGACUACAUCCGGGGUCUGGGCACUAGCACUUUCAGAGGAAGUGAAUACCAUCUCCUAAAACACAAUUGCAACUCCUUCAGUAACGAGGUCAGCAAUUUUCUUGUUGGAGUCGGCAUCCCAUCUGACAUACUCCAGCUUCCUGAAAUCAUACAAACCACACCUAUUGGAGCGACUAUAGCAAGUUUUCUCGAACACCUGACAGAGGGUAUUACAAAUUUCCGGAGGAAUCGACAAGAAUCGCCAGAGUUUGAGCAACUGAACUCUGCCAUAGAGGAAGCCAGACGUAACUCACUUGCUCUCGAGGAACGGCGAAACGUAUUGAACGAGAAGUUAGCUCGGCGCGAGCGUAAGAAGAAUAAGAAGAAGCGACGUGAGAGCAAACACCGGAUAUCAGCUGACGAACUAACACCAGAUAGUGGAAGCAGUGAGGGUAGUUCCCCCGGCAGACAAAGGCGACGUGUGAGGAUGGCCGAUUCAGUGGAAGUGAUCUCUGGCAAUGGAGAUGACCGAGGAGGUGGAGGUAAGCUGCCUUCGGAAGUGGCUGAGGAAUUUGAACAAGAAGAGAAGCGUGAGAGAGAGGAGAAGAAGAAACAGAGGGAUCCUCCUGUUGUCUUCAAGAAUGCUGUUGAUGUACAGGAGGAGUUUGAUGCUCUGGUCGGACUGAUUGAUGGAAAGAUGACACCUGAAGAGAUGACGUCGUUGGAGGAGUUACACCAAUAUAUGUUGGAAGAUGAAGGAUCGUGGGCGUUAGGUGAUGGUUUCCUUAAUUUUAUCGGUCGCCUACUAAACGACAAGUCAUUGUCUGAGGAGGCAAGUGUAAGGACACUCAACGUCCUGGCUUGUGCAGCUCUCAAGGAUGAUGUUAUCCUGCUUCUACACCAAGACAGGAGAGAACACAUCCUUAUGAACUAUGCAUUUGACUUCGACCGGCUUCCCCUACUACAGCAAAAGGCACUGGCACUAUUUAUGUGCAAUCUGUUCGAGAACCUGAGUAGUAGUGAGUGGAUGCUGUACAUCUCAGAGUGGCAGUAUUGCAACCAAUCCAUCAGUAACAUCCGUGUGACUACCAAGGUUGCAGUGAACAGUCUACUCGCUGACGAUCCCGAGUUGAGAGAUAGAGGGUCAGCCAUUGUUCACAAUCUCGCCUGCAAGGAGAAAAUGCACCAAAACAAAAAACUGCGUAGGAUGUUACCUGCCGGAGCCAUUUCAAAGGUGUUUGAUGACGUUGCUGUGGAACUGUCGAUGGCUCUGCUGCAGUUUUUCAACAACUCUCCUCCAGAAGAACAGGUGUUUAGAACGAUGAAGGCAUUGGCUAGGUUUUGUCAGAUCUCAUCUCAGGACGUGCCCCAACUUGUCCAGAUGAUUGGUCCACCACCCACCAAAUUCAGUGGCAUGUCUCCACGUGUCGAUGAACAGAUAGCACUGGUCACCAAGAAACUACGCUAACUCCGAUCUCAGUAGGUUACCUUAAAGGCGUCGUUUUACGUAACAAAUACAUUUUUCAUUUCUUUAAUAUUUAUAUUUAAACACUUUAAUUUUAUAAAAAGAAUUCAUUAUUUUCUAUGUGGAAUGUAAAACCAAUUUUUUUAUUGCUGACAUUAAUUACUAUAACUAAAUGUUUUUUAUUAACAUCUUUUUACUUUUAGGAAAGGGCUUGUUGUGUGAAAACAUGUUACCUAUUUUUGUAUGUUGCGAGCUUGAAUGAAAGGGAUUAAUGUAAAGAAACAUAUUUUAUACUUUUUUGAAUAUUGCAUUUAGAUUUGUAUAAAUUUAAAUAAUUUUCUUAAUUUUUAUAUUAUUUUUUAAAAUUGCAUUAAACUUCUACAUGACAGAUCAAAAUUAUUCGCGAUUAGCUUUUUAUUGUAGAUUAAGUUAUUGUAUAUGAAAGUUGUUUAAUACUAUUGCUAUUAAAUAUUGUUUAUUUACUCAAAUGUGUAAAGAUUGUAAAUAUUCUAGUGAGUUUAUGUUAGAAUAUUUUUCAAGAAUAUUCCGUAUAUUAUGUGGUUCAUUUCCGUUGAUAUUUUUUUCCUUAUGGCGCUUUUAAUAAAGCUAUUUAUUAUUUAUUUCUUUAUUUAGUAACAUUGCUGUUUUGUCAUCUAAUCAUGUUAGUUUUAAUUGCCAGUACAAACCUCAGCUUAUAGUUUUUAAAAUAACCGAGAAACUUUAAAUAGUUUUAAUUUAUGGUAUAAUAAAUAUAGUAAGCAGAUUAAGGGUGUACUAUUAAUAAAUUUUUUUUUUUAAGUUAUACAAGGAAAUUUACCUGGUUGUGAUUGUAAGAAAAUAAUAACUUGAAAGUUCCAUCAAACAAACUUUUCAUCAAAACAAAAAACAAAAUUGAGACCAAGUUGUUGCCUUAAUAAAAGUUUACAAACUUGUGAUUUGUUUAACAUUGGCUCUAGUUGUAAAAGAAUACAUUUCCUUAAAUCUCUUCCAAUAGAUUCUAGACGUAAAAUAUUAGAAAUUCAAUCCUCUUGUACUGUACUUCCAAGAACUUUGUAUUUCAUUGUCUUUUAUAUUGAAUAAACUAAUUGAAACUCUA